AUGUUUAAAAGUUUAGCUAAAGGAAUCAAAUCUUUAGAUAGAUUUGGAGUUAUAUUUCGGCCAAGCGUAAUAGAUAUGAAUCCAGAGUACAAAUCAAUUAUUGGUGGGAUUGCGACUUUAUUCUUGUAUGGUUCUUGUUUGGCUUACUUCUGUUAUCAAAUUUUAUAGUGGUAAGGAAAUAAUUUGUUGCCCAAAAUAACUAGCAUAUAGACUUCAUAAAGUUCAAAGUAUUUUAAGAUUGAAGAUUCCAUUUCUUCCAUUUUUGCCAGAAAAAAUUAUAGAAAAGAUGAAUUAGAUCCUUUUGAUCCUCAAAAUAUAAUACUACAGCCAAUCCUUUCAAAAUUUUCAAAUCAAUAAUUGGUUGAGUCUAAGUCAUUUUAAUUCAAUACAAAAUCGAGUAGAUAUAACAAUACUGAAAUAAUACUUUAAGAUUUAGAUUUGAAUUUGAAUUUAGAAAAUUCAAUUAACAAUCCUCAAAUAGAUUAUAUAUUAUCUUUUGGUACUUGCAUAAAAGAAUAUUUAUAAGAAGGAUAAUAAUGUGCAAACUAAACUUUAGUAGAUAUAUAUAUGAAAUAAUAAAGUCAUGCAAUUUUAAUGAAUAAUUAUGUUAAAGAAUAUAAUCCAAAAAAAAUGAAACUUGAAACUGUUAAAAAGUAAUUUUUAACAAUGUUUAAUAAUGAUACAACAAUAUAUUUGUAGAAUCAAAUCAGAAUUUCUAAGACUAAUAUUGAUGAUGGAUUCUUAUUUCCCUCUUAAAGUUAUUCUGAAUUCCCAGUUGACAUAGUCAUCAUUUCAUAAUCUAUUGAUACUUAGAGUUUUUCUUCGAUAUUUCACAGGCCCACAUUUUUGGUAUUAGCAUAUAGCUUAAGUGAAAUAUCAUAAGAGUAGUUUAUUGAAUAUCCUAAAUUUUCAGAAGUUCUUGCAGAUAUAGGCUCUAUUGUUUCAAUUAUAUUAGUCUUUUCACAUAUAAUAUUAUUGGUAAAUGAGUAAAAAUUAGAAAAAGAAAGUGUUUAAAAGAUUAUAUCAAUGUAUUAUCCAGAGAUAGUUAAUAUAAAGUUUAAAUCUAAUUGGUAUGGUAAAAUUAUAGAUGUUAUAUAAAAUGAAAUAUCUAUUGAUAAGAUUGCAUUUUUGAAAUAUUAUGAUGAAAUUUAAAGAGUAGCCAGAAAAAAACUAAAUAUGGCAAACAUUAUUUAUACUUAAGCCAAAUUAUAAUUCUUAAUUCAAUCAACUUACACUUAAAGUUAAAUUAGAUAGGCUCAUCAAGUAGGAAUUAAAUUAUAAUAAUUUCCUAAAGCUUAAGAUUAAUCAAAUAUUGAAUAUAUUUAAAGGAAUGAACCAAUAGAACAUAUUUAAAUUCAUGAUGUAUCACAGGUAGAUUCUAUUGAACUAAAUGAGAAUUCAUCAAUCCGUAAAAAAGUUGCAUUAAAUGACAAUCAAAAAUAUAUCUUUAUAAAGCCAUAGAAUUAAUACCAUAUUUUGAAUGAUGAAGACUUUCAUCUAUUUACAAUUGGUGAAUCAAUUUUCAAAGAUAAUGAAACAAAUAAGUGGGAUCCCUAUUUUGAAAAAAAUUAUAUAAAUAUUUGA